AUGCCCUCCGAAGUCACGGAUAUCAAGCAAUUCCUCGAGAUCGCACGGAGAAAGGAUGCCAAAGGUGCGCUGCGACCACUUCUCCUGCGAUUCUUUGCCCCUCUACAGAUUGAUUUGUGCUGGCCCAAUGCCGCUCUGGUUCGCCCUCAGGUGUCAGGACCAAUGCUGAUCUCUUUGAUGCCCUCAGGCGCCCGUCUCAAGAAAUCCAACAAGAGCAAGGAUAUCAAGUUGAAGCUCCGUGGCAAGCGGUUCCUGUACACACUCAUCCUCAAGGACUCGGACAAGGCCGAUAAGAUCAAGCAGAGUCUGCCGCCUACGAUGGAUUUCCAAGAAAUCGGCAAGAAGAACAAGAAGCCUAAGAAGAACUGA